UUGUUAAAUAAUAAAUAGUCAUCUUAUUUUGAUUUAACAAUUGAAAGAAGCAUUAAAUUAACUCAAAUUCAAAUUGAUUCAUAACCAAUUAUAUACAUGAAAAGGGACAAAUUAAACUUUAUGCAAACAAAACGAUCGACAGGAAUAUGGGAAGCAGAAGCAGUUUUCAUUUUAUGGUUAACGCUUACUCAAUUUGAUAAUGUGCUGCUUUUAUUGCUGUUCAGUUCAGUUAUAUUAUAUUGAAUAUCUGUGAGGACUGGGCAUUGGCUACAGGACAUUGAGUCUAGUCUUUUUUAAUGACCAAAUAAUCAAACAAGACAUUCAUUGAUGAAAACAGUCUGUGAGGAAAGAAGUAUUCAAAACAUUGAUUUUUGACAUGUUGGUGAGGCUAGAGAAAAAAGUAACUGGAUCACUAGAUCCCCAAUUGUUCGGCAAAAUGUUAUAACUGACAAAAUGAUAGUCAAGAUUUAACUUUUUAAGCACACGAGGGACCAACAUUGCCUCAGCGCUUUUGUGUCUAAAUAAAGACCCUGUGUGAGCGUGUGCGUUUGUGUAUGUGUGGACUUUCCCUCCAUCUGGGAGGAUAUUCACAUAAAGGAGGCGCAAAGGAGGAGCCUGCUGUCUCUUCAAAAAAAAGAGCCUCCAGCUCACAGCAGCUGUGUUUUCUAACGGUUUUACCAGAGCUGGGACUGUGAGAUCAGGCUUUGUCAGAGUUCAUCUCCCGGACAAGAAUGCGGACCCGGUCAGAAUCAGCGGAAUCAGUCGGUCUCGGGAUGAACCAUCCCCCGGAUCAAAAUGGAAAACCCGAAGGAGGACGACGGUUUAAACUAAAGUUAUGGGGAGGUCAGAAAGCUCAGAGCCAGGCUGUUGUCGGGAACACCACUCCCCCGACUGGAGGACGCUACUCACCGAGGGACAAGGAGCCGAAAAUCGUUGCCCCCACAUUGGAAGAAAUCCUUGCGGCAAAAGAUGCUCAACACUUGUGUGAGGCCAGCCGGCAGCUGAUAGAGAGAGAGGAGCGUCUGUUUGGGGAGAAAAUAGAGACAGAUUCCCUCACACAUAAUGCAGAAGAAGUAGACAAGCUUGCAGUGGACUACAAGAACCUGAAAUCCCUUAUUUUCACGACUCUGAGACUAUCUCUCAGCCCAGGAGAAAUCAGUGUGGAGGCCCUGACGUCAGCUGUGAAGGCUUUAAACCAGGUAGUCGACCAGGACCAGCAGUGGAAAAAGGGGAAUUGGCCAACACCUGCCUGGAGACAUGACGACUUGAAGAAGCUCCACGAGUCGACGCUUCGCAGCCUGGUGGAGGAUCGUAUGGACAACUCUACGUUGCCCCAUGCUGAUAAGAGGGAGAUGUCAUCUUUUCAAGUGGAUGUAAACAGCAUGGGCAGGCAGCUGAAGGAUGACCUGCUGCUGGUGGUGGAAGUGGUGAAGAGAUGCUACCCGCCCGAGCAGGACAUCUGUAACUUCUAUGCCGGGUUGUACCACCAAACCUUCAGUUCCAGACUCAGAAAGAUCGCAGACUUUGGAUUGGAGGACAAAGACUGCACUUUCCUCCUGCGCUGGGUGAACGAGUACUAUCCACAAAUCCUUCAAAAGCCAGAGCUGUCCUGUGAAAUCAAUGCUGAAGUGUUGGGAAAGCUGCUGCCUGAAGAGUUACUGAAACCUCUGGAGGAACAAUUCCUGAGCAAACAACAGGAAGAGCUGCAGACUUACAUCGUCCGUGUCCUGGACGAAGCGGAGCAAAGGUGGAGAAAAGGGGAGGAGCCGACAAGAGAGGACGGCUGCUUCGUCAGUCAUGUGGCCUACGACAUCAUUCAGCUUGUCCACAGCAUGGUGUCUACAGCUGCGACGAUUGUGGGAGACAUACACAAGGCCCAGAUAAUAACGAGCCAACUGAAGGCUUUGUUGCCGAGUUUCCAGACCUUCCAAAACAACGUCAUGAAGCAGAACAAACCAAACAGCCAGCCGAUCAUCAAGGCAAACCUCGGCUGCAUCCAACAGUUCAUGGAGCUCUUCAAUAAGAAGCAUCAUCUGUUCCAGGACGAUGUGCGGACAAAGUGUUUGCAGAUUCUGACUGACAUGAAACAGUCUGCCCACACUUAUUUACUGAAACCCGUGCAUGUCGUGCUCAAGCCAAAGUACUACCUGCUGGGAACCAGUGACUGGCUGAAAAAGCCUGAAGUGUUUGAGACACUGCUGGACAGCAUGGAAAAGGAGAUUCAGGAUCUUCAGGGCUCCAUUCAAUCCUGUCACCAGGAGCUGAUUGGUCAGCUGCACCAAGAAGUGACAGCAGAAUAUGUGAAGAGGCUCCUGAAAGUAAAAGUCAAACUGAAGGACAGGGAGCAGCAGCAUAAGGCCUACCAGAAGAUCAAAGACAACGCGGAGAGUUUGCAAGACUUGUUUGGAAGAAUGGGGUCAAAGGAGGAUUGGCUGAAUGAAAUACUGGCCAAGAUUGCAGAAGUGCUGAAACUGCAGGAACUCCCGGCAAUACAGAUGGAAGUCGUGUCACUCGGGACUUCUUUCCCAGACCUCAGUGAGAAACAUGUUUCAGCUCUCCUCAAGCUCAAGACCAACGUUUCCAAAGACAACAGGAAAACGGUCAAAGACACUCUGUCUGAUUAUCUGAAAGAAAUCGACAAUGUCGCUAGUCGACCAUUUUUCUCCAAAGUCCAGGUGAAAUAAGAGCCAUGCACUCCAGUGUUACGUCCAGUUCUCCUGAUUUCAGCCUUUUUAAAGAUGGCGGCUGAGAGUGAGCCUGCACAGUAUCAUGUGUUUUAGAUAUUUGUAUUUGCUCAGUUUUGUCGAGCAGGACACCGAUGUUUGGAGUCCGAGUAGAUCAGAUUAAUUCUCCAUUACUGUAUGAAUGUAUAUGCUGCAGCUCAUGUUGUUGCUGCUCAGUACUGUGCGUCUUACUGCUUAAAAAAAAAAAAAGACAUGUAGUGGAGAGUCUUUGCUGUGUUUUGUCUCAGAGAUCAGUGUUGUCAGAGUUAGUCUAUACUUUUAUAUGAAGACAGUGUUAUAAUUAUUUUUUAUACAUUAAUGUGCAAUAAUGAGAAAUAUCUAGCUGUAAAGUUUUAUUUUUUUAUGUCAAGUCAUUGGAUGUACAGAAUAUUGUAAAUCAAGAUUAUAAAUAAAUGUGAUGAAAGCUCUUUGAUUUGAA